GAAAGUCGUGGGAAGCUGGCUUAAGGCUGGCAGGAGGUGAACUCCCUUGCAAGAGGGACUCGGUCUUCUUGGGAAUGCAGAGGCAUUGAGGAAGGAUGGAAACCACCUUUUUGAGGAACAGAACGUCCUUGCGGGCUCAGGGCUGGGAGGACGCAGGGCUGAGGAUAAAUACUCCCCCCCCAUGGAAGUCUCCAGCUGUGGGUCAAGCAGGCCUAGAGGGCAGUGGGUGGCGAAAGGGCCUCUGCUGGGCUCCCUGGAUGGAGGAAGGGAAGUCAGACGCAUUUUUCUCCUUGCUUAAUUGGAUUCCUGGUGUCGUUUUUUUUUCAAAGUUGGCUCUAAAAAGGCUGCUUUGACCACUGAGCGAAGGAGCAAGGGAGUCCAUCCGAUCUCCUGCCUCUUUGCUUGACAUGACUUUGGCCCCUUUAUGAGGACUAGAACCCUGUGCAAGCCUGAAGCUAAGGCCCCAGAACGAUCCUGCAAGCCAGCAAGAGGCUUGUUUUGGGGAGCUGUUUACUUCCCAGCUGGCCUGGCCCGGAAGAGGCCACACUGGGGGGGAAUCCUGGGGCUUCUCCGCUUUCGGCCCCACCCGCCCUCUGACGCUGGGCUCUGUGAUGGCGCAGCCCUCCCAGGUCCUGCCAGGAUCAAGAGCUCUGCUUGGUUCUUGGCCCCUCCCUGGAAAAGCUGCUCCGGUGCCAACUUGCUAGCAGGAGACGGGGAGGGCUGAUUCCUUGGCAUCUGCAGAGCUGUCCUGGGCAGGGCACGGGUGCCAGCAGUAGGCAUGGAAGUGCCACCCUGGGGCAGGGCAGCAGGGGGAGUUGCUGGGUGCCAUUUACAGAGAUGCUUCCUCUUCCCAGGUCGCCGAGACCCUCGAGCGCUGGUAGCUGCCGGUGGAGAAACCCAGGUUGCUCGCCAUGGCCAGCCAAGACCUCACCAGCAGCGCCCAGGAGCUCCUGGAUCUCACCUUCCAAUCCCUGGCGUGCAAGCACAUGGACCUCAAGCAGCUGGAGCUGGACACAGCUGCGGCCAAAGUGGACGAGCUCUCCAAGCAGCUGGAGUCGCUCUGGACGGACCAUCCCGGGCCGCCUGUCCUGCCAUCCCUGGUGGCCGACAGGUACAGCUCCCUCUCCUCCCCGGACCUGCUGACGAUGGACGCCCGGGCUGCCUCCCCCCUGCACCUGCGGAAGAGCCCCACCUGGGACCUCACGGAGCCCAGCUUGUCCCCCUACAGCUCCUCGCCCAGCCAGCUUCUGGCCCCCAAGCCCACCCUGGGGCGCCCCUCCUCCCCCCGGCCUUCCUUCUUCCUGCAGUCGGAGGUGGACUGGAGCCCCUCCAGGCCCAAAGUCAUGGCCGUCCCUUAUGAGGGCCUGCCUGGCCCCGGGUCCCACGGCGGCUCCCCUCGCUCCCUCCGACCUGCCGGCCUUCCCGAGCGCCAGUUUGACUACCGUCCGUUUGCUGCCACCGGCGGGUGGGGGGGCCGGGCCGGCUCUCCGCGGCUGCCCGGAGAAAGCGCCAUGUCCCAGGCCUUCUUCCCAGAGCGAGGACCCUCUCCGCGCCCCCCUCUCCCGCCCCCCUACGAGAGCCACAGCCUGUAUCCUUCGGCGCCAGGCUCCUUCUGGGCCCAAGACGACCUGGCGAUGCGCAGGAGGGCCCCGAAAAGCUGGAACGAAACGGAUCUGGACAUGGUGUAUGAAAAGAAGGCGCCGCACCCUGUGGGCUACGAGCGUGUGGAUGCGCACACAAGCCUUCGCCAGAGCGCGGCUGGGCUGCCCCUGGCUCCCUGGAAGGAGUCCAGCCUGGACGGGGGCUGGGCAGGCAAGGAGGAGCAUUACGGGAUGAACAGCAGUGCCACCUUGCCCAGGAACUACAAGGUCUCGGCCCUGGCUGGCGAGAGGCGCCCGGACAGCUCCUUCCGCCGCUCCCUGGCUGCCAACCAGGCCGGCACCUUGCCCCGCAACUGGCAGCCCAUCUCCCGCAUUCCCAUGCCCCCACCUGCCCCACAGGGCGGCAUCCUCCCCAGGCGCCACAAGCCGCUGCCCCUCUCCAUGAUCUUCCGGCUGCAGAAUGCCUUCUGGGAGUCCGGCGCGGCGGGCGGCAAACUCGGGCUGCCCCCAGGGCCAGUGGGGUCUCCGUUGGCCCUGCGCUCCCUACAGAAGCUGCUGCAACAGCCGUUCGCCCCGGCACAGGGGCCCUUCCGGCCGGUGCAGCCCAGCAGCGAAGGCAGUGCCAGCCCAAGAGCCACGGCGAUGCCAGCUGAGCGCAUCGUGCCCAUCCUCCUGACGCCGAGCGAAGCGGAGCCCGAGCUGGAGAGCCUCUUGCCGGGCAGUGAGCCGGCCGAGAUGGAGGACCUGGCCCGGCCCCUCAGCCCCACCCGGCUGCAGCCGGUCCUGCCCCCCGAGGCCCAGACGGUGCCCGAGUUCGAGGAGGUGGCCCGGGUGCUGGCGGAGAUGCCUCGGCCCCUGAAGCGCCGGGGCUCCAUGGAGCAGAACCCCAGCCCGGCUCUGCUGCCCCCCCACAAGAAACAGUACCAGCAGAUCAUCAGCCGCCUCUUCCACCAGCAGCCCCGCAAGGAGGCGGCUGCGCCCGCGGGGAACCCCCCCUCCCUGCCGGACCUCUCGCCCAUCACUGAGGCCACGGAGCAGAAGGGGGCCCCGGCCACCCCAACCGCCAGCCCUGCCAUGACCCCCCCGCCGGCACCAGAGAGCCCGGCCACUCUCUCUCCAAUGCCCAGCCCGGAGAAGCGUUCGGCGCUGCGCAAGGUCUCUUCCCCCCGGAAACGGACGACCAAGAAAGCGCGGCUCAACCCCCUGGUGCUGCUGCUGGACACGGCCCUGACGGGGGAGCUGGAGGUGGUCAAGGAGGCGGUGAAGGAGCUGAACGACCCGAGCCAGCCGAACGACGAGGGCAUCACCGCUCUGCACAAUGCCAUCUGUGGGGCCAACUACAGCAUUGUGGACUUCCUGAUCAACAUCGGGGCCAACGUCAAUUCCCCAGACAGCCACGGCUGGACCCCCCUGCACUGCGCGGCUUCUUGCAACGACACGGCCAUCUGCGUGGCUCUGGUGAAGCACGGGGCCGCCAUCUUUGCCACCACGUUCAGCGACGGGAGCCUGGCCAUCGAGAAGUGCGACCCAUAUCGAGAAGGCUACAACGAGUGCUUCAGCUAUCUGGCAGAGGUGGAGCAGAACAUGGGGCUGAUGAAUAACGGGGUGGUCUACGCCCUGUGGGACUACAGUGCUGAAUUCGGCGACGAGCUCUCCUUCCGCGAGGGCGAGAUGGUCACUGUGCUGCGGCGGGAUGGCCAGGAGGAGCAGGACUGGUGGUGGGCCUCUCUCUACGGCCAGGAGGGCUACGUGCCCAAGAAUUACUUUGGGCUGUUCCCCAGAGUGAGGCCCCAGCAGCAGAAGACGUAACGGCCCAGCGAGGCUGCCGGAGGGGGAGAGCAGGAGUCGGUGCACGUGGAGAGACCCAGGGGAGGGUCCCUUUCCCUGCUUCUGCUGGCCACCCUCUGCUUUCAGGAGAGCGCAAACGGAGGGGGAGGGGUGGCACUCAA